AUCUGAUCGAUAACCCCACUACAAAAACUUGUUAAAACGUUUCGGUAUCUAGUGAUGUUUAAUUGGUUGACUGUUUGAAAAAAUUUCCUUUUUAAAGUAAUGCGUCGAGAGAGUGUGUGGACCCAUUAAAACCUUGAUGGAAUGUCUUGAGAGUGAAUUUUAUUACGGGUAGUCGAUAGAUAAUAGAUAUAAUAGGUGACUUUCAUUUUCUUUGGUGGUAUAACGUUGAUAAAAUGCGAAUGACACAUUUGGAAGAAGAAAUUGAAAAACGUUAAAAUGUGGUCAAGAUUUUUUAUUCUCUUCUUUAUUUUGAAGUCAACAUCGUGCGUUCAAAAAUUACAAGAAUUUUUCGAAUGGAACAUCAUAGAUUUCGAGUAUCCCACGGAUAGUCAUCGCACUAAUGCUAUUCUAACAGGCAAAUUCAAACCCGAAAACGCUUUACCAGUUGGAAUAGAAAUAUGGCAUGACAAAAUGUUUAUAUCUGUACCAAGAUGGAGAGAAGGUAUUCCUGCAACUUUAAACUAUGUUCCAUUGGACAGUCCCGUCAAAAAUCCAAGAUUAAUUCCGUACCCAGACUGGCCUUCCAACGAACUAGGUAACUGCGAACACGGCUUAAGCACAGUAUACAGGAUAAAAGCUGACGAAUGUGACAGGUUAUGGGUACUGGAUACCGGAACGUUUGGUAUAGAUAAUACCACCCAAAAUCCUUGUCCGUAUGCGCUCAAUAUAUUCGAUCUUAGAACCAAUCAAAGGAUCAGAAGAUACGAGCUAAGGGCUGAAGAUAUAAACGAAGAUACAUUCAUAGCUAAUAUAGCUGUAGAUUUAGGUAAAACGUGUGACGACGCGCAUGCUUACUUCAGCGAUGAACUGGGUUAUGGACUUAUAGUAUACUCUUUUAAAGAAAAUAAAUCUUGGAGAUUUUCUCACAGCUAUUUCUUGCCCGAUCCUUUGAGAGGAGACUAUACUAUAGACAAGCUCAAUUUCCAGUGGGGAGAAGAGGGUAUAUUUGGUAUGAGUUUGAGUCCACCUCAAGAAGAUGGUUCCAAAUGGUUGUAUUUCAGUCCACUAGCUUCGCAUAGAGAAUUUGCGGUAUCAACAAAAACUUUAAAAGACAGUUCUAAAGUUGAUAAGAGUUGGAAGGAGUUCUUUCCUCUAAACGAAAGAGGUCCAAAUUCGCAUACAACUUCUAGAGUAAUGGACGAUUAUGGAGUGCAAUUCUUUAAUUUAAUAGACCAAAAUGCCAUUGGUUGUUGGAAUUCGCAAAACCCUUAUCAUAAGAAAAAUCAUGCCGUCGUAGACAAGGAUGACGUUGGACUUAUCUUUCCUGCUGAUGUUAAAGUCGAUAGAAAUAGAAAUCUGUGGGUAAUUAGCGACAGAAUGUCUAAUUUCUUAUUGGCUUCGCUUAAUUACGGAGAAAUUAAUUUCAGAGUCUAUUUCGCACCCAUCGAUCAACUUAUCAAAGGUACAGUUUGCGACACAACACCACUGAAUCAGUAUUACAACAGUAAGUAUUAUGUUAACAACAAUCAGUAUUUUGCCAAGUUUCCUUUACAGAAACAGUACCAAAUAUUUGGAGGCAAUUUGUUAUUUUAAGAUUAUUUUAUUUUUUUGGAAAAAUAAAUGCAGUAUUAAAUA